AUGUCAGGGGCUUGCGAAGUCAUGAAGCUAUGGGGACACUUCUUCGCUCACGCUGGUAGGCCCAGCCCUUCUCCACUCCACGCACCACAGAACCAACACAUAUGGUGCUCAUGUGUCAUUGUGGAUUCCGAUGGAGACGACCGCUAUGGGAACCUGAGGCUUGACCACCAAGCAGACAUAUCUUACGAGCCUCCUUUACAGUCUAACGUAAUGAGCGCUGCAGCACGAGGAGUAGAGACAGAAGACAAAGGUGCCAACAGCAACUGUAACGACGACGCAUACGCCGCUGCUGCGUGUGGAGGUUCGAUUGCUGUGAGAGGCGACCUCAAGGAAAGGUAG